AUUCUUAUUAAUUUCUCAAUAUGGCGGACAGUUUAUCUAAAUACGGAACGUAGUAUUUGUGCGCGAAAUUAAUUUGUUAUUCAAAUUAUUAUUUUGAUGACUUAACAAGUGAACUGGUGCGGCAUGUUUCCGCUUACGCCUCCAGUAGUGAAAAGACUUCUAGGUUGGAAAAAAGGUCCUGAAGGAUCAUCCGCAGCCGAAGACAAGUGGUCCGAAAAAGCUGUAAAAAGUUUAGUUAAAAAAUUAAAGAAGAGUGGUGCUCUAGAAGAAUUAGAAAAAGCUAUAUCUAGCCAAAACAGCCAUACUAAAUGUGUUACUAUUCCUAGAGUGAAACCAAACGAUAACGUGAUCAACGGACAGUACAGAAAGGGGUUGCCGCAUGUUGUUUACUGCAGGCUGUGGCGGUGGCCGCAGCUACAGAGUCAGCAUGAACUGAAGCCGGUGGACCACUGCGAGUAUACUUACCAGUUCAAGAAGGACGAAGUGUGCAUCAACCCCUACCAUUACAUUAAAAUUGACACACCUGCUCUGCCUCCGAUCCUUGUGCCUCGCUGCGGGGAGGGGGAGGUCCGCGCCCCGCCGCCCUACACCGACUACCUGCAUCACGACCAUACAGACAGCGUGAUGCAGACGGGCGGCGGCGUGGUGAGCGUGGUGGGCGGCGGUGGCCACAGCGCCAUGUACCUGGAGGCCACGCUCGCGCAGCAGGUGCCCAGCAACACUACCGUGCACGUGAAUUCGUCGUCAGUGGAGACCCCACCGCCCGGGUACAUCAGCGAGGAUGGAGACCCGAUGGACCAUAAUGACAACAUGAAUUUAACUCGUCUCACACCCUCGCCGCCCGGGCUGGCGACGGAGGCGGCGCCGGUGCUGUACCACGAGCCGGCGUUCUGGUGCAGUAUCAGCUACUACGAGCUCAACACGAGGGUCGGCGAGACCUUCCACGCUUCGCAGCCCUCCAUCACCGUAGACGGCUUCACCGAUCCCAGCAACAGCGAGAGAUUCUGCCUCGGUUUGCUGUCAAAUGUGAAUAGAAACGAAGUGGUGGAACAGACGCGCCGCCACAUCGGCAAAGGCGUACGACUGUAUUAUAUUGGCGGUGAGGUGUUUGCCGAGUGCCUCAGCGAUUCGUCAAUAUUUGUGCAGAGUCCCAACUGUAACCAGCGUUACGGUUGGCACCCAGCCACCGUCUGCAAGAUACCACCAGGUUGCAACCUGAAGAUCUUCAACAACCAGGAGUUCGCGGCGCUGCUCUCGCAGUCGGUGUCGCAGGGCUUCGAGGCGGUGUUUCAGCUCACGCGCAUGUGCACCAUCCGCAUGAGCUUCGUCAAGGGAUGGGGCGCUGAAUACAGACGGCAAACAGUGACGUCGACGCCUUGCUGGAUAGAGCUACACCUGAAUGGUCCACUGCAGUGGCUCGACCGUGUCCUCACGCAGAUGGGCUCGCCCCGGCUGCCCUGCUCUUCCAUGUCCUAGGCAGCGCCACCACCAGAACCUUCCUCCAGGACAAAAGGAGGCAGCCAGAAGUAUAAAUCGAUAAGUACAUACCGUAAUGUAAACGAUAAUACCUCCACACGAGUCUUAUACUGUACGUACUAUUGGCGUCGUUGUUAGCAAUGUUGUCGCUCUAAAUAAUGUACCGGCUCGAAGGACUAUAAAGACAAAAAUUUAUGGUCCUUCGAGCCGGAUGUUUGACUCCUAUAAUAUUUAUCUUAUUUGAAUGCCACAAUCAGCAGUUUCCAUCAGGUGACUUUUUAAUUUGUAAUUGGAGGUCAUACAUUUGUAUUGAAAAAUUUCAAAACAAUCGUUUAAAAUAAUAUUAUAAAACUACAGUGAAAGAAAUAACCAGUGAUUCAACGUUUUGUUUGUGUCCCGAACGAUUACAUGACAAUUCGGGACGCAGACAGAGCAAUCUCUGUCUAAUUGUUAGACUGGCAUUGACAAUAUUGCUAACAAAAUGCAUUAGGCCUUUAGAUUCGUCUCGACUUUCGAAUUCAAAAUGGUGUCUAAUUCAAAACCAUAAGUGUCGAACAAAUAAUUUGACAAUUUCAUGAAAUUACUAUUUUAUAAAUAAUAAUUUUAAUUUAAAUGUACUAGAAAAUUACUUGAUAUUAAUCCUUACAAAAAAAAUUACACUGUGAUAUUAAAACGAAAUUUUAUGUUUAUUACUGCAAAGUUGACAGCCCUGAUUUAGUAGUACGUGAAAUGGACGCGAACGACCAGUACGCUAACGUAAUUAUAACUAGUUUUCACCAGCUAUUUCGUCAGUAGCCUGUCUUUCUCCAUCCCAUAUAGUACGUAUAUUUCAUAGUGAUUGCCUUUAAGCUAAAUGGUAAUAAAAAAAAAUUAAACUUUCAGCUAAUAUUAAUACAGUGUCGAUUCUGCAUGGUAUUUAUUCUUUUGCUUUCAGACUUUUAUAGAAUGUAAAAAUAAAAAAAAAACUUGUUUGUAUUUAUCAAGAUAGAAUAAUAAUGAUUAUUAUAAGAAGUUAAUACACUGUCGGUUUUGAAUUAGUCCAUAGACAACGUAAGAAUUUCGAGCGCAAUCGGUAUUAUACAGAUAUUUAAUUGAAUAGAAAACUCGUGUAGACAUAUGUGAUACCUCGAGAGCAUGCAUGAGGGGUACCAUGGUCGCCAUAACGGAUACUAUGACAUCAACGGUGUUGUUCGUGUCUACAGGCCACGGUUACCGCUUUCAAUCAGCUAAAACAGCCGCCAACUCCAAUGUUAAACUGUUCCAAUUUUAAAAUUUGGCGGGCUUUAUCCAACAUGCUAUACGAUAAAUUUUCGUUCUCUAUUCAAAUUAAUAUCCUCCGAGGGCAUAGACAAAUGGCAAAUAGUUUCACGUUUAAAUAUAUUUCGGUACGUUUUACAGUUAGAAAAUAUAAUCAGCUUAUUAAUAAUAGAUAAAGAAAUAUAGAGUUAUGAAUUUCUUUUUAAUAAAUAUUAAAAAAAAAAUUUUUUACACAAAGCUGGAAGCGCAAAUUAAUUUGAAAAUAGAAUCGCCCGCCACUUGUCUAUGCGCCCCCAAUGUUAAUGUAUCGAUGUAGAUAUACUAUAUGUUAACGUAGUACUUUUGUGUAAAAGUACCCUAUACGGAGGCUCCCCUAAAAUCACUAAUAACUAGUUUUUCACAGAAAAAAUCCUCUUUAUAACGUUAACAAUGCAGCUUUUUAAUAUUGUUCACAUUCAACAUGUUAUUUGUUAAUACACAAAAAUUAACCGUUUUUUAUCACUAGUUUAAUAACGUUAUAACGUUAUUUUGCCAUUAUUUGCAUUUAUAUCAACGACGACCGUUUUUUUUAAUGUCUGACAUAAUAUGUAAUCACAUUUUAUAUACGUAAUAUGAAAUUGAAAAUAUUUUUUUAUUUGUUGACAAUGUUAAAUUUUUGUUUGUUUUUUUUUAUCAACUAUUUGUAAAAGUAACUGGUUUUGAUAAACUUUUUUAUUUAAUUGAUAUUAUCUACCCGUUACGGACAUUUGAAUAUACAGUAUAUUUUUUGCAACUAUAUGCAAUGUACAAAUAGCAGUGCAAGAUUGUAAUAAUUUAGGUCUUUGCAUUAAUAUUUAUAAAAAAAAAAAAACACGCACUUAGUGGGAGUCGGCUUUGGACUGCGUUUCGUUCGCACGUUAAUUUGUAAUCCUUCAUAAAUUCAAAGCUGGUGACUCAAAUGUAUGGUCCUUCGAGCCGGAUGUUUGGCCCCUAUAAUAUCGAUCUCAUUUGAAUGCGAUUUAUUCUGUGACCAUAUAGUGAUGUAACCGGUUAAUUAUUAAGUAGCUAAUUAAUAUAUUAGUGAAAACUGUUGAUAUAACCGUUUAGAGACACUAAAAGCUGUUAUUUUAUGAUAACUAAAACUGUCGUUCGGAAUGAACAUUGCCCCCCCCUUAUUGUCUACAGGCGGAAAAGCAUGAAAGAGACAGAGCUAUCGUACAGCUGGUAAUGUCUUUAGAAUUGUCUAAUAAUCACGGAGUGGAUUACAAAUUUAAAAAAAUAUUAAAAAAAUCUUUAACAAAUCCAUAGAUAGGGGAAGAAGUUGGUCACGUGGUUCUAAACCUGGAUACUGUCAGUGGGUAUAGACAAAAAUAUGUAUAGAAUAAACGCAGUCCAAAGCCGAAGUAGAUUUGGCACUGAGCAAACUAUAUAUCCCAUGACCGAGGGAGCCGAAAGAUAAAGUUAUUUUGGAAAUGUUUUAAGAUAGAAAGAGAUAAAAAAAUUAUAAAAUGUUGACUGUUGUUCGGUUUGGAAUGUUGAGUGAACGAUAUUUUAGAUUUACAAAGAAAAUUUUCUUUUUAAUAGGCGUGAUUAUGAAAACAGACGUACAUUGAACUAGCUGUAACCCGCGGUUAUGUCCAUGUGAAUUAGAAUAAUAUAUCCAAAAUAUUAAACCAAGACAUGAACUAUCUUUGUACAAGAGUUUCAUGAUUCAUUUGAACCCAAUCAAUUGUACACUAUUUAUAUAAGGAUCUUUUCCAAAACACAUUCGAACUUAAAAUACCAUUUUCGGAAAUGUUGCUCCAUUUUCUGGAACAGAGGAAAUUCAAAAUUUCACAAUUGCAACACAAACAUGGUGAUACAUUAAUGUCAUUUGAUUGACGGUGAUUUGUUCUCAUUUUUAUAUCAUCAUCAUCACCAUCACAUCACCCGUUAACUGUUUACACAUUUUUUUUAUAUAUUUCUUCCAAAAUACUAUUCAGUAAAUUAAUUUUACUCUAAUUUUAAAUUUUCUCGUUGAUUUACACAUAUUUUAAAUACACUAUUGGGACUUGAAAGAAUUUUGCAAUAAAAUUGUUUCUCGAUUGACAUGGUGCAAUCUACGUCGAAACGUCGGCAAAUAAAGAAGCAGGUAUGUAGGUACUAUUUUUUUUUUGAUGGGUGAAAAUGGUAAAUAUCUGCAUGUAGUCCCAAUACUGAGUCCUCAGGAAUGGCAACGCAUGCGGGGUAUCAUGGACGAAACAGUAUACUCUGUUAUGUCCAUGCUACUGCUCAUGUCUAUAGGCGACGGUUACCACUUUCCAUCAGGUGGGCCGUCAGCUUGAUUGCCAUUCUAAGUUGCAUAAAAAGAAAUAGAAAAAAGAACAUGGCAUAAUGUUGUCAUAUCUCCAAAAACAUUAUAGCUAGUUUUUUUUAAUGUUUUAUUUAAAAUAGCGUUCACUCAUAGAGAAUAGAAGACAUAUGUUUAUGCUAUAAUUCUAUUGCUAGGUAUGUGAAUUAAUGAGAUUGCGUACUUGCUUCACCUGUAGCAAUAACAGCUUUACUCAUAAUAGUUUGCCUCGGGAAUGACAUGCGAUGAGUAGAUGCAGCGGGCAUCACAGUAUAUACUGUGUACGCGUAUAACUGUUCAUAACUAGGGGCAUUUUUUUUUUGAUACGUGUAAAUGUAUUGGCAGCCCCGCCUGUGCUAACGGUACACGCUGGCGGGGCACCAGUGAAGGGUGAUAGGUGAGGACGAAAAGGCCAGUUUGCUUAUCAUGGUGAAUUUAUCAAGGUUAAGCAUGAUAGUUUCCAGGGAGAACAGCUUGGAGGUCGACAUGUUUGGGAGUAUUGCUAGCAAUUGGAUUCUCAGUGUCCGUUACUAACAGUCUCUCCCCCCUAACUAGGAGACGAUUGUAACUCGCCGUCGAUUGGGCCAUCAGCUCGUUUCCCAUUUUAUGUAUUAUUAAAAAAUAUAUUAUUAAAAAAAAAAACUAUGAAAUGAAAUAGGAAAGAUAUUUAUUUAUAUAUUAAUGGUGUAACAGUCGUAUACUGUCCACUGCUGGGCGUAGUUUCCCCCAUAAGGAGGGGGGAGGGGUUGAUAGUAGUUGCCACGCUUGGCAGGCAAGUUGGCAAUCGCAGAUAGACUUUUAUGUUUAAAGACGGAUGCUGCUACUAAAUAUUAACUUUCCUUAAUCGACUCUUGGACGCUGAAGAGAGAAGUUGCUGCCCAUCCCUCGCCGUCCCUUAGUCGCCUCUGACGACACCCACGGGAAAGGAAGGGGUGGCCUAUUCUAUGCACAGUACGUAAUCUCAACUAAUUCUGUAUCUGGCAUUAGAAAUAUAAUAUACAUAUAAUAUCGAGUAUUGAAAUAUCAUGGUAUGGUGCUAUAUGGUGUAGAAUGAUUUGAUGGUGUGAGAUCGCUUCACCUCUUGUUGUGUUAAACGAAACAAUGUAAUAAAACAUAUCGUCAUAGUCGUAGAAUACCGACGGAUCUGACGAAUAUUACAUAUAUAGAUCCGUCAGUAUUCUACGACUGUGACGAUAUGCUGAACGUUUUUUCAAACGACUUCAAAAUUAAAGAGGUUCUCAGUUCGUUAUCACUUUCCGUCAGGCGGGCCGUCAGCUUGUUUGCCGUUCUAAGUUGCUUAAAAAAAAAACUAUUUUGAAUUCUGCUUUAUUCUCUGAUUGGUAAAUUUGCAACUUAUAAACUUGUCUUGGGUGUUUUUUCUAUAUCAGUGUCAAUUAAAUCUAAUUCAUUUAUUUUUAUUUAAAUAAUUAUUCUAAUUUAUUAAAAAAACAAAGUUUCCACAGAACCUUCCCUCUUUGAAGUCGGUUUGAAAAUCUGUACAGUACAGUACAGUACAGUAGAGCGAAAUAUUAAUAUUUCAAUUAAAUAUAUUAUAAUUUAUAAACACACUUAUGGGGAAAUUUACGCCCUUAUUUAUAAAAGAAAAGAGUCUAAUAAACUUAUUCUGGCUAUUUGGGUGUUUUGUCUUUUUCUUUCGCGCUAAAUUCACAAUUUGAAAGAAAGUGACAGAAGGCUUGAAUAGUUAAAAUGAGUUUUUAGCUCUUAGUUGAAACGAGAUAUUUAAUCUCGUAAAUUCAUUAAGAAAUAAACAUAAGAAUGUACGAUAUUUCUAUUUUUUUUUUUCAUUAAUAAAAUGUAUUAUUAUAUUGUUUGAAACAUAUUGAAUUCAUUAUGCAUUAUAUAAAAAUAACAAUGUUUAAUUUUUAUAUUAUUAUAUAUAAAUAAUAUACAGGGUGGUUUUAAAAUAUUCGACAAUGAGAGACGUGUCUAGAACAUAUUUUUUUUAUACAGUCCGUUUCGAUAGAACUCGAUGGAAAUGUAAACAAACGGAUAAUCGACCCGACCACGAGAUAGUUCGCUGAUGUCCAAUAGUUGUAGAAAUGAAUCGAUUAAUCGAUUGAAUGUUUCUGUUCGUUACCAACUAUAUCGCUUUAAGGAUCGUAAAAAAAAUAUGGGUCGAUAAAUGACGAAAUAUUUUGAGUUUACUAGAGGGAGACUGUACAAAAGUCAAAUGCUUGGGUACUUCUGUCUCGUUCGUGUUUCAACCGUGUAGCAGUUGUGUUUGCAUGGCUGUGUUUCGUUUUAAAGGGUGGGAUAUGGCGUGAAUUUACUGGGUACAGAGGAAUAACACCUUAGUCCUCAGGAAUGGCAACGCAUGGGGGGUACUCUGUUAUGUGCAUGGUACUGCUCAUGUCUAUAGGCGACGGUUACCACUUUCCAUCAGGUGGGCCGUCAGCUUGUUUGCCAUUCUAAGUUGUAUAUAACAAAAAAUCACAGUGUAAAGAAUUAGUAAUCCAACCCCCCUUUGAAUCGUUCCGAAUUAUCCACAUUACAAUUCGGGACGCCUUAGUCUGUCUAGACGUGUGGUAGGUGAUAGCUGAUAAGACCUAAAGUUUAGAAUAAUAUAUAGCAUCUUGAUGUGAAGUUAGUAUGGAGGACUCAAAAUAUUUGUAACUCAAAAUUUUUGGAAAAUACAGUUUCGUUGACAAAACAUUCACGUCCCCAUAAAAGGAACACGCCCUGUAUAAUAAUUUCCGUUUGAUGUCAGUUGUCGUAGUUAAAAUGUGAUAUAUAUAUAUAUAUAUAAAUGUGUAGUUUUAAUAUAAAAAUGUCAAGAUGCGAUUAACCACCUUGUAUAUUAUAUAUAUAUAUAUAUAUAUAUAUAUAUAUAUAUAUAUAUAUAUAUAUAUAUUUAUUUAUAUAUAUAAAAACACAAUUUUUACACUAUAUUUUACGAUUGCCAUGGAAAUUUAGAACUAAUCAAGUUUAAAUAACAUUUGUUUCUUUAUAUAAGUUAUCAUUUGAGAUCUCUAAGUAUAAUUUCUGCUCGUAUGUGUGCCCGGAACUGUCCACAUUGUGUUAUAAUAUUUUUCUCAAACAUGCUUGGAAAUGUGAGCAUUAUUUUGACAAUCUUCGAGAUAAAUCUAAAUUGCCGUACUGGCCAGAUACAUGCGGGCAGCGGCCGGUAAAAGUUGUAUGAAAAUCCAUAUCUGUGGUGUUUUGCGGCCAGAUAAAUUACUAUGUAAACUCAUAUCUGUCCUGUAAUUUAAAAAUGGAAUGACCUUUUACUUCGAAACAUGGCUACCAAGGAAGUAACUAAUAAAAGGUUUUAUUUAAAUUUUGAACUGGCUUGCAAAUAGAAAGCUGUUUAUUAAAAAAAAAAAAACAAAGGAACAUUAUGGCUCAUGAAAAAUUAUUAUUAUUCGUUAUUCGUCAUUGAACUUAAAAAGUAAAAUUGUGUUUUUGAUUUCCGUGCAUUGUUUGAGAAAAGUACUAUACAAGCCUUGGCCACAACUAGGCAUUGAUGGACUCACGUAUGUGUGUGUGCCUCGGCUACGCCUCGGCCCACAUUUGUACGUUCGUCCAUCAAUGCCUCAGUUGCUGGCCGCUGCAGUAAUGUACUAUUACUUGAUGAAGAGCGAAUCGAAGCCAUCACACUAGUGUAAAUCGGGCCCAAUAUAGUAGUUUUAUGAACGGUCGUUUCUUUUAUAUUGUUAAAGGUUUCAUAAACACAUUAUAUAUUUUAAUAUAAUAACUACCGUUUUAACUUCGUGUAAUUAGAUCGGGAGAGCUCGACUAGUGUCGUCAGGCUCGCGCUUCCGUCACAGCCGCUCAUGUGUCACGAAUUGAUCACGAAACUAGUCGAGCUUUCUCUAUCUAAUUGCACGUGAGUCGUUUCUUUUAUCUCUAAAUUACCCGAUAUUCGAGAAUGAAUCGAAUGACAUUUAAGUUUACAUUUAUAUUUUAUAUAAUAAGUUUUAACAUAUUGUAAAAGUGUUAUGUAUUUACAAUUCAAAUUAUUUGGUUUUUUAAAAAUGUAUUCGGCUGUAUAAACGUUAUCGUUGCUUUUGUUUAAAAGAAAAAAAAAAACUAGUCUAUGGACAACUCUGGAUCCUAGUGGGAUUUAUAAAUAUGGCUUCCAUGUUAGUUUAUUUGCUAUUAGCGGUCUCACGCGGUCGAUGACGAGAUGCGUAGGACGUAAAACGACACUACAAUAAAUAUGUGUGGUUUGUAAUAUA